CUGGGCGCGCCGCCCGGGAGCCCUGCACCCACGCCCGGCCGCGGGGACGCCCAGGCCGGGGGGCGCCCACCCCCCAGCCCAGAGCGACGAGUUCCCCAACCCGGACGCGCGGAACCGGAGCAGCCGCGCCGCAGCGGGCGCCUCUAGGCAACCAGAUGUUCGCCGUCCAGCCAGGGCUGGCCCCUGGAGUAUGUCAGCCCGAGCUCCAACCGGACAGCAACUCCAACUUCAUGGCAAGUGCCAAGGAUGCCAAUGAGAAUUGGCAUGGGAUACCAGGCAAAAUGGAACCUAUCCUGAUGAGGAGUUCCUCCGAAUCAUCCUCUGACAACCAGGCCCCUGGACUCCCCGAGGAAGGGGUCCGCAGCCCCCCAGAGGGGGCAGAGAUUCCUGGGGCUAAGCCUGAGAAGAUGGGUGGUGCUGGCACCGUCUGCUCCCCUCUGGAGGACAACGGCUAUGCCAGCAGCUCCCUGAGCAUCGACAGCCCUGGCAGCAGUCCUGAGCCCGCCUGUGGGACCCCUCGAGGCCCUGGCCCUCCUGAUCCCCUUCUGCCCUCGGUGGCCCAGGCUGUGCAGCAGUUGCAGGCGCAGGAGCGCUACAAAGAGCGGGAGAAGGAGAAGCACCACGUGCACUUGGUGAUGUACCGUCGCCUGGCACUGCUCCAGUGGAUCCGGGGCCUGCAGCACCAGUUGGUUGACCAGCAGGCACGGCUGCAAGAGAGCUUCGACACUAUCCUAGACAACCGAAAGGAGCUUAUCCGCUGUCUCCAGCAGAGGGCAGCACCAUCCAGGCCCCAGGACCAGGGCUAGGCAUGUGCCUCCACAAGUGUGCAAGGGUAUGUGUGUAUAUUUGCAGGCAUGUGUGUGGUUGUGUACAGUAAGUACAUGAUUGUUUGCAGGCAUGAGUGCAGGUAAGCAUGAGAGUGUGUAUGUGCUAACAUGUAGGCAGGUAUGUGUAGGCAUGUCGUUAAGCAUGUGUAAAUGAGCUUAAGUGUGCUGUGUGUGCACAUGUGUACACACAAGCUAACUUAUAAGCAGACCUAUGUGUGAGUGUGUAAAAGCGAACAUACAUGUGUGUGGCAUGUUUGUAAGAGUUAAGUAAAUUUGUAUAUGUAUGUAUGGACAGGUACCCAGCUGCAUGUGUAUAUGUGCAUGAGUGAGGAUGUCUGUGCCAAAGAUGUGUGUGCAUAUGAGUAAGUCUGAGUGUGCAGGCUUGUGUUCAGUGUCUGUGUGCAGGUGCAAGCAUGGGAAGUACAUUGGGAGCAUGUGUAUUUGCAGGCAGACCAUUGAGCAGGUGUGUGCCAGUAUAUAUCCAAUUGCACCUGUGGGGUAUCCACCCACACCCUGUGUUACCCAUGGUCUACCCCAGCCUUUUUUCUCCACUGUGUCCCACUGCUUCCUGGAGAGAGAGGGCUAGCCUGCUGUCAUUUAUAAGAGGGUUGUAGCUGAUCCAUUCUCCUGGGAUUUCCCAAGCUGCCUCUCCUUUCCCUUCCCCUCACCUAACCCAGACCUUGCUCUGCUAAGGCUAUCGUCCCUGAUGUUGGCUUUGCUGUAAGAGAUUUAGUGGCUGCCCUGGCUUGCCAUGGGAUUUUUGUAUGGCUGUAAUUUUGUCAGGGCAGUUGGUGGAGAAUUGGUAUCAGGGAGGGGAACUGGGCGUGGUGAUGGAAAUGAUGGCAGAGGUGGGGGUAGAGACAGAGGAGACAAGAGACUGUCCCUCUUGAAUUCUGCCUUUGGGCACAUAGGAGAUGAGUGUGGGGAAAUGACAAUGGCACAACCCUGUGAAGAAUAGGAGAAUGGGAAUUCUCAACUGCCAGUUCCCAAACAAACCAUACCUCUCCACUGGGUUGAAAACCAUAUUGAUUUAAGCUUCUGAUGAAAAGGAAUGUGUGUUUAUUAGCUUGCAAGUAAUAGACACGCUGUUAGGGAAAAUCUCACUUCCUCUCUGUGCCUCUACCUUGCUGUGCCUUUCUGGCUCUAGCGACAUUGGAGGUUGAAUUGAUUUAGUCCAUUUCUCUGAAAUCAGACUGUCAAGAGGAGACAGAGCUCGGCUUUCCAGGGUAGGAAGGGGGCAGUGUUGUCAGCGGAGCCUCUGGAAGUUCUUAGAUACUGGGUCAUACCCCCUUCUUUCACUGCACUGCCCUUGAAGCGGGGAUUGACAGGCUCUGGCACAGGCUGAGUUGGAAAGUGGGUGAGUCUCAGGGAGAACCAACGACUAAGGUAGCCGAGCUCUCUGCUUUUGCUCCUGGGAGCCAAAAGAAUGCAAGGUCCUGAUGGGUGAACAGUGGCACGGAAGUCACCAGUGCUGCCUCUGGCCGUCGGUGUCCCCAUCUGCAAAAUGUGGGGGCUCUUCGUGUCUAUCACUAAAAAGUUUCCUCCCUGAUGGGUGGGUGGGUGAAAGGUAGAGGGAGCAGGAGUGAAGCAUGGGCCCUGGCAACUUGCAUCUGCACCUCUUGCAUGUUGAGUGUGAACCUGGCCUCUGGAACGACCCGAGAUGAAUAAAUGGGGGCAGAGAAUUAAAUUUCUUGAGUAUGUGUUUCUCUUCUACCUGAUGUCUGGUAGCCUCUUUUCCACACCAUCUGAGCUCCACUUUUGAGCAGGGUCCUGGACUGGGAGCUGGAGUAGCUCUAGAGGAAGACCCUGGGGAGGAGGAAUUCAGACUGCCAGGCCUGGCAAUCUGAUGGAGGGAGGGCCUCCCAGUCCGACGUGGAAGACUUGGCCUCUGCACUGAGAGCCCCAUACCGGACUGUCCUUGUCCUAAGUCACCUUUGGGCCUGAAUAAAUUGUGAUGUACAUACCAUACACACAGUCUCUCUCGCACUCAA